AGAUGGAGCUUGAGAGAACAGACACGAAGCUCCUCUCGUGCUCCGAGGCCGAGAGUCUCUAAGCCCAAACAUGGCUUCCGCUUCUCUUUCCCUGUGCGCUUCCCUCGCUUCCAACCUUUCUCUCCCCCACAAGCAACAAACCUCUUCAUUCCUCUCUUCUUCUUCUUCCUCUUCCACACUCUCUCUUCUCUCUCGCCUUCCCUCUCCCAAGCUCUCUUCCCCUUCCAUUUUCUCUUCCCCGCGCCUUCCCUUCCCAUCCCUCCCCAAAUCAUCGGAAUCUGAGACCACACUGGCUGAGCCUGAAUCUCCGGUGGCUCAGCUUGAACCUCAACUAUCGGACCUUGGUGCCGUCGAAGCUGUCCAAGCCUCCCCGCAAGAGCCGGCUCCGAAGCGGGAAGAGGUUUUUGCUGUUGUGAUGAUUGGCUCACGUCAGUAUAUCGUUUUUCCUGGGCGUUUUAUAUAUACUCAGAGGCUCAAAGGUGCUAAUGUUAAUGAUAAGAUCACCCUAAAUAAGGUGUUACUGGUUGGCACAAGGACAACUACCUAUAUCGGUAAACCAGUGGUAACAAAUGCUGUUGUUCAUGCCACUGUUGAAGAGCAGGGUUUAGAUUCCAAAGUGAUUGUCUUCAAGUAUAAAAAGAAGAAGAAAUAUAGGAGAAAUAUUGGUCACCGACAGCCAAAUACACGCAUAAGGAUAAAUGGCAUCACAGGCUAUGAGGACUACCCAGCUGUUACCCUGGAUUCUCUGAACUCUUCAGGGUAGAUUCAAAUCUCUUCUUUGCCAGUGUUUGUAUCUUCUUCAAUGUUACAUUUAAAUUUUCUGAAUCAAUGAUGAUGUGGUUGCUGAAAGUUUUAUCAAUGGUAGUUGUGAUGCAUAUAGCUGUCAUUUUGCUGUGAGGGUGAGAAUAACGGGAUGCAUUUAUUUAUUGUUUAAUUGUUAAUUUAUGAUAGACUUUUGAGUUUGA